AUGGCAGCUGUUGGGGCUGCUGGUUCCACUGCGGCGACUGGGCCAGGGGUGGUCCCAGUGGGGGCUUUGGAGCCUGGGACCGCGAGUGCGGCUCACCGGCGCCUCAAGUACAUAUCCUUAGCCGUGCUGGUGGUCCAGAAUGCAUCCCUCAUCCUCAGCAUCCGCUACACUCGCACGCUGCCUGGGGAUCGCUUCUUUGCCACCACCGCUGUGGUCAUGGCAGAAGUGCUCAAAGGUCUCACCUGCCUGCUGCUGCUCUUCGCGCAGAAGAGGGGUAACUUGAAGCACUUGGUUCUCUUCCUCCACGAGGCCGUCCUGGUGCAAUAUGUGGACACUCUCAAACUCGCAGUGCCCUCCCUCAUCUAUACCUUGCAGAACAACCUCCAGUAUGUUGCUAUUUCCAACUUGCCAGCUGCUACUUUCCAGCCUUCCCCGAGGUGCAGCCCAGGCCUCAGCCACAGCCUCCGGGCCCUCCAUGCACCAGCAGCCUCCCGGGCAACCGCCACCGCCGCCACCGCCGCCCGCCUCCCACCGCGGAGACCUCAGCCAGGAGCCCUUUCUGCCAAAGUCAGUGCUGGUGAAGUGAGGGUUGGCAGUGGUGGGGGAGCUAGGGAGGGGCCGGGGGUGGAGGGUGGUAGGUGGCUGGGGCUGGCAGGCAGUCUGGGCGUCAUUGAGAGGUGGAGGAGGGGGCAUCACCUCACCCUUUCGGAUAGGCUGACCUCUCUCCCUAGAGGAGGUUUUAGGACUGGUUGCCUAGGCCAGCCCCUUGUGGGACAGGGUUAGGGAUGUCAUUCAAGGAUCUUUUUUGUUUGUUUUUUGUCUGCCUCUGUCCGUUGGAGUUGUCCUCUCUCACAUCUGAGAGAGCCCCUCCCAGCCUUUGCGCCUUCUGUUUAAGGAAAGGACAGAUUGGCCAGAAGUCCUACUGCUCUCUAGUAAUCACGGAUGCCUACCUAUGGGGCUCAACCUCCCAUAGUUUCGAGGCCUUUUUUCCUCCCUCUCCACCACACUGGAUCAUGUCAGCAGCUUGGUCUCCCAUGUGGACUUGAAGCUGCUUCUCUGAGACCCCCGUGAAACUGGACUCCUUGGGAAUGCCUGGGGAGCAGAGGGCAAGGGUGAUUGUUCAUGGCUGCUGAACUUCCGCCAUCAGCCUUGUCAGGGGGAAGGUGUGCAAUCGGGGCUGUCGGGUGUAGUGUUUUGGGUUUUGAUUCACAGUGUAAUUGAAUAAUUGAUAAUCCAGGGUGGAGGAAGGGGCGGGGAGUGGGGGGCCGGUCUUUGCUGCCAGUGACUGAAUCUCGUUGAAUCUGAGACCGUCAGCUACCGGAUGCAGUUAUUUUCUGAAACAUCCGGAGAGGAAAAAUAAAGCUGCCAAUCACACUCUUAAUACCCCACUGGCUGUAUGAUGUACCCUUAAGGUACGUGCGUGCAUGUAUGUGUGAGAGAAAAGGGGGUGGGUCCUAGAAUUGAUGAAACAUGGAACCUGCCCCUUGCAUUCCCCAAAGCUUAUUAACCCUUUAACUGUACUCGUGUGUGUGUGUGUGUGUGUGUGUGUGUGUGUGUGUACACAUGCACGCAUGGGAGGUGUCUGGGCUGUCUUUGCUAUAUGUAAAUAGAGCCAUUGGAUCUUUAUUUUUGAUUAAUUUGUUGAUUUUUUGAUUUGUUUUCUAAGGAACUGUAAUGAAUACCCAAUGCCAAAUAAAGAUGUUGUAUUUAUUUA